AGGGGCAUCAAAAAUGACCUUGCUCUUGUCUCGAGUCUCUCAUCUCUCUGUGUAUGUUUUGCUAAAACCUUUACUUCUCAGCCAAAAAAAUUCGUCAAGAUCUGAGAUCGAAAGCAAUUAAUAUAUUUCAGAGAGAAAGAGAAGCCUUAAAUGUGAUGUACGUGAAGAAUGGCUUCGUCAAUUUCUAAAACCCGAAACCUUCAAACAUACUUCUCAAGUGCUAAUAGAAUACCUAAACUUACUCCUCUAUUCUCCACAUCUAAUCGGGUUCUUUCCACACUUGCAGAAUCUCCAAUUGAUUCUUCGUUUCAAGCUCAAGAGAAAAAAUCAUGGUCGAGAUAUCUUCUUUUCCUUCCUGGUGCUAUCACUUUUGGUCUUGGAACUUGGCAAAUUUUUCGAAGACAAGACAAGGUUGAGAUGCUCGACUAUAGGAGGAAUAGGUUGGGACUCGAUCCUGUUGUGUGGAACAACAUUUCCUCUUCUUCUUCAAGUGGAGAUUCGGGGUCUCUGGAAUUUAGGAGAGUGAUGUGCGAAGGUAUUUUUGAUGAGAGUAAGUCAGUUUAUAUCGGACCUCGUUCCAGGAGUAUUUCAGGAGUGACAGAAAAUGGCUACUAUGUCAUUACACCUCUAGUGCCAAACUCAAGUGACCCUAAGAGUGUGCAGUCACCAGUUUUGGUUAACAGAGGAUGGGCUCCACGCAGCUGGAGAGAGAAGCAUCAAAAGGAUUCUCAAAAUGUUGAACCAGUUUCCAAUAUAAAAAUUGUCGAUGAUGGAGAAACUGAAGGAAGCUCUAGAUGGAAGUUUUGGUCUAAGAAGCCUAUAGCUAAAACUGUUGAGGAUCCAGUAAUCUAUUCUACUCCUUCUGUGAAAGUUAUUGGUGUGAUUCGCGGAAGUGAGAAACCUAGUAUUUUUGUCCCUGCAAAUGAUCCCUGUUCCGGUCAGUGGUUCUAUGUUGAUGUACCUGCGAUUGCACGUGCAGCUGGAUUGCCCGAGGAUACUCUCUAUCUUGAAGAUAUCAAUGACAAUGUUGAUCACGGUAACCCGUACCCUCUCCCAAAGGAUGUCAAUACUUUGAUCCGCAGUUCAACCAUGCCACAGGACCAUCUCAAUUAUACACUGACGUGGUAUUCUUUAUCAGCUGCGGUAACGUUCAUGGCUGUGAAGAGGUUAAAGCCCAAAAAGAUUCGAAGAUAAAAACCUCCUCAAUGUAAUCGUAGAUCGAAUAUUUUGUUUUUGAAUUUAUUCUUAGUCAGCCGGUGACAGAAUACUGUGACUCAGAAUAAGAGAACAGUUAAAAUCAAAUCAUACAAUUACACAUCUUGGAUAUACAAUUUGGCAGGGAUACAAUUUGGUUUGUUUAUUUUCUGGUUUUGGAUGUACAAUUUGGCAGGGAUACCUGCUAGUUCUUAUGGAAACAAUGCAUGCUGCCAUUUGCCAAAAUGAAA